UUUCACUCGUAAAUAGCAAAAUCAAUGUUUCUAAAAUCGAUUUUAAAAAGUAUUUUUAGAGAUGGCUUCUAAGCAAGCGGUUUACACUGCCGGUUUUAUUCACCUCGUGCUCGGAAUAUCCGUGUGCCUUUGGCCACCCAACGAUACCUGUUCACCUGCUCCGAAUUUGGGCUCUUGGAUUUUCGCGGGCGCCCUGCUGCUUCUGGCCUCCGAUGUGAAGUUGUAUCCGGAUCGGUACACCCACCUGCCGUACACCAUUCAGUUUCUGGUGGAGACGGUGGGAACCCUGGCCAUCCUCGAGUUCUUCGCCUUCGUGGUGUGGUGCGCCUUGGAGAGCCUGAUUCACCACCUAACGAGGUUGCUACUUUUGUACCUGGGAAUGAACGAUGACACUUAUCUGGCGCUGGAGUACUGGAUCCUCUUGAUUCCCACUACGGCUGUGGCCAGCGCCUUCUUUUACAUCAUGAAGAUGGCCAUUAUACCCUACUUUGACAUUACCUCGGUCUAUGUAAAGCAGCAGGUGAAGGUGCAUCUGAACAAGGCUGUCUACAUUGACGUGGUUAGCCAGAAUCUGCGCAAGCGGAGAUAGUAUAGAUAAUAGUUUACUUGAUCAGUAAUUUAGAGUGUAAAUUGUUCGUGUAAGCUAAGAAUAAUAAUUCAUCUAGAUUAUUUUGCUUAAA